AUGUCGCCGUCACAGUCGCGCCUCUCCUGCGCCUCCGGUCACAUGGCGCUGGGCCACCUGUCGAGGAGUCUCGGCGGCCUGUUGAGCGGCUACAGCCGCCCCGCUGCCGUCCAGCUGCCAAGGGUGGGGGCGAGCGCCUGGCAACGCCUGCGCUCCUACCCUUUCAGCGCGUCUGGCGACCCCGCAUCCCAAGUCGAUGUCGGCGCAACUCCAGACGCCUCCCGCGAACUUGAUUCAGCCGCGGUAGCGGUGGACCAGGUCGUUGCCCAGUCUCCCAGCGAGCCCUCCGCCGAUCCGUCCACAGAAACAACGACAGAGACGACAUCAACGGGCACCGUUAUCGACCUGAAGGCCGCGCAUUCGGUCCCAGCGGGAUCUUCCAGCGGCCCGAGCGCCACGGGAAGAUCAAAUGAAACCACGGGGGGUGAGGGGCGUGAGAGGAUGAUGAUCCCAAGGGAUGACAGCGAUCCGGGAGCGGCCUUCGUGACGGUGCAAAAGGAUGGCACGCUGCGGAGGGCGACAGGCAGGAUCCACGCUGCGCUGGCGGAGGGCAAGCGCGUGGUGCUGUACGCGACGGGCGGGCCGUCGGUGAGCAACGCCGUGAAGGCGGUGCUGCUGGCAAGGCGGAAGGAGGGGGAGGGGGGCGCAGGCAGCGACCUGGGGUUCAAGGUCGUGCACCAGCCCGGGGUGAAGGAGGACAGGGUCACGAAGUUCAUGUUCGCGCUUCACAAGGUGGACUACAGGGUAGAGCCGGACACUCCCCCAGAUCAGAUCUUCAGGGCAGAUGUCCAUGCGAAUUGCAGGGUCUACGGCUCGCUGAUAGCAUCAAACCUGGAGCUUGGUAGGCCCUGUGCAAUCCAGGCGAUGGGCCCAGGGCCAGUGGCAGCUGUGGUGGUCGCGCACACGUGGGCCAGGAAGAUUCUGAAAGGCAGCGGGCACGACUGCCUGUGCUUUCCAGAGUUUAAACGCCGGAGCAUUUCCAAUGAAGUGGAGAAGACUGAGGUCCGCAUGACUUUUGUCAAGGUCCCUUACGAUCUGGAGCAGGAUUUCAAACCCCAAUGGAAUCCCAUAGAGACUGCUGCCAACAGAUCGGCGCCACUGGCCGAUACAUCGUCAGAAACAUCGCUCAGUGAAUCGCUGGACACACCUGUGGAGCCAAUGGCGCAGCAUGCAUAA